AUGUUUGAUGAUGAGACCAAGACCCACCUUGAGCAGCUAGAACUCAUCGACGAAUUACAGAAACUCGGGGUUUCGUAUCAUUUUGAGCGAGAAAUUAAAAAUAUUUUGGUGAAGAUUUAUCAUAAAAAUGUAAGAGAGUACGAAGAGAAAGAAGAUCUACAUGCCACAACACUCAAAUUUCGACUCCUUAGAGAACAUGGUUUCAAUGUCUCAGAAGGCAUUUUUGAUGUGUUCAUCAACCAAAUAGAAGAUGGUUCAUUUGAGAGUGAUGACAUGACGAGUAUCAUCUCUCUCUAUGAAGCAUCGUAUGUUGCGACGAAAUGGGAUACUAAAUUGCUUAAAGUCAUUAGGCCUUAUGCAAACCAACAAUUGAGAAAAUUUGUUGAUAGUGAUGAUCAUGGCAUUCACAAUAUUAAGGUUCUUGAGAUGGCCGUCCAAGCGCUAGAGAUGCCGUACCAUUGGAGAAUGAAAAGGCUAGAGACAAGACGGUACAUAGAUGCAUACACAAAGAAACAUGAUGUCUUGAUUGAAUUCGCCAAGAUCGAUUUUAAUAUCGUACAAGCUGUCCAUCAAGAAGAACUCAAAACUGUCUCAAGCUGGUGGAAGGAGACAGGUUUGGGUAAUCAACUCUACUUUGCAAGAGAUAGAAUCGUGGAGAAUUAUUUUUGGACUGUUGGACAAAUCCAAGAGCCUCAAUUUGGAUAUGUUCGACGAAUAAUGACUAAAAUAAAUGCACUUAUUACAACCAUCGAUGACAUCUACGAUGUCUAUGGCACUAUUGAUGAACUUCAACAAUUCACUGCCAUGGUUGAAAAUUGGAAUGUAAAGAGCCUUGAUGAACUUCCCGAGUACAUGAAGUUGUGUUUUCUUGUUUUGUACAACGAAACUAAUAGCAUUGGAUGUGAUAUUCUCAAAGAUAAGAAUAUUAAUGUGAUCCGUUUCCUACAAAAAUCAUGGGCAGAUUUAUGUAAAGCAUAUCUAAUUGAAGCCCAAUGGCACACAAAAAAACACAAACCUAAUGUUGAAGAGUACAUGCGAAAUGCUUGGAUUUCAGUCUCAGCCCCAACUUCAUUAGUACACUUCUACUGUAUUUUCUGCGACCCAAUCUCUAGUCAGGUAUUAGAAACUUUGUCCCAACACCAACAACAUGUUGUUCGAUGCUCAGCCACCGUGCUUCGCCUAGCAAACGACCUUGGAACCUCACCGGAUGAAUUGAAAAGAGGAGACGUUCUCAAAUCGGUCCAGUGUUACAUGAAUGAGACGGGAGCUUCGGAAGAGAAGGCGUGCACGUACGUGCAGCAAAUGAUCAGCGACACAUGGAAUGAGAUGAAUUACGAGAUAAUUUCACACGAUUCAUCACCUCUUCCACGGGGGUUUGUGGAAGCUGCAAUAAAUCUUGCACGCAUGUCGCAAUGCAUGUAUCAAUAUGGUGAUGGCCAUGGCUCUCCCGACAAGGCUAAGACCGUUGAUCGUGUCUUGUCUUUAUUAGUUAAUCCAGUUCCAUUAGACUGA